GCAGAGCGAGCGAGCGGCGGCGGCGACGGCCUACAGCGAUUAUCCGUUAGUAGAGUGGAGUGGAGAGAAGGUAUCCUGACCGCUGCGGCCGUUUCUCUGUUGUCAGUUUCACACGAAACGCUCACGAACUCGGUUGGACGCAAGAGACGACCGGCGCUUAUCUAACCCAAUGAGACUUGGAAAUAACAGUAAAAGCUGAAGAAGAGCCGCCACAAGAACAGAACAGAACAGAACAGUGUAAAAGUGCUUGAAGCAGAGACAAGAAAACAAAAAUAAAAAUAAAUCUAUUUUGUGUAACAAUUUCAAAGUGCAAGAAAGAACAGAACAUACAUAUCCCUACCCCCCCGAUAUAGCAACUAUAUCCAAAUAUAUUAAACAAAGACACAAAACUGAACGACAAGUGAAAAUGGUUAUGUCGGAGCUACGUUGGCAUACCGCUAGUCCCGAGGAUAAUAGUAACUCCUUGAAGCGUGACUUGCUGAAGACCACACCGACCAGUGCCCGCGAGGCAGCCGUGCACAUUAUGCAGAAUCGAUAUAUCAGCCGCCUGUCGCGCUCGCCGUCGCCACUGCAAUCGAAUGCUUCCGAUUGCGAUGACAACAACUCGAGCGUGGGCACCUCCAGUGAUCGCUGCCGCUCGCCUCUGAGUCCCGCGCUCUCGCUGACCCACCAGCAGGCCAAGCGCCAGCUGCUGUCACUGCCCCAUCCGGCACACCAUCAUCAUCAGCAUCAGCAGCAUCAUCAUCAUUUGAACCACCUGAACCACCAGCAGUACAAGCAGCAGCAGGAGGAGGACUAUGAGGACGCCAAUGGCGGGGCACUGAACCUCACCAGCGACAAUUCGCGUCACAGCACCCAAUCGCCGGCCAAUUCGGUCAAGUCCACGUCGAUUACGUCGCCCGUGCCAGUGGCCGUGCCCUCGCCCGUGCCGCCCAUGAUCUCGCCUGUGCUGCCCCUGCCACAUGAUGUGGCCACUGGGGCAGGCGGCUCCGCGCCCACCUCGAUGGCAGCAGCGGCUGCCGCAGCCGCCGCCAUGGCCAGCACAGUGGCCAGUGGCAUCUCCCCGCUGCUGGCGAUGCCGGGACUGUCCUCGCCACAGGCACAAAUGGCAGCCGCUGGCCUGGGGCUGAACAAUCCGCUGCUGGCCGGGUCGCUGUCCCCCCAGGACUUUGCCCAGUUCCAGCAGCUGCUGCAGCAACGGCAGGUGGCGCUCCAGCAGCAGUUCAACAGCUACAUGGAGCUGCUGCGCAGCGGAUCGCUGGGUCUGGCCCAGGACGAUCCAGCACUGACCACCCAAGUGGCGGCCGCCCAGUUCCUAAUGCAGAGCCAGCUGCAAGCCCUCGGCCAGGCCACACAGCAGCUGCAGGCACUCCAGAAGCAGCAGCAGCGCCAGCAGCAGGACGAGUCCAUGCCCCUGGCCUUGCCGCUGAACAAACCGAGCCAUCACCAGCAGCAUCACCAGCAGCACCAUCAGCAGCCACGCAGCUCCACGCCCCACUCCAUACGCAGUCCCAUUUCGGUGCGCAGUCCGGCCAGCUCACCCCCACAGCUCCACCAUCAUCCGCUGCAGAUCACGCCGCCCAGUUCGGCGGCCAGCAUAAAGAUGAGCGGCAUGCUGACGCCGAGCACACCCACCAGCGGCACCCAGAUGCACCACAGCGGCACCACCACGCCACAGCCGAAGACGGUGGCGGGUGCGGCGGCUGCCCGUGCCGCGGGCGAGCCCUCGCCCGAGGAGACCACCGAUCUGGAGGAGCUGGAGCAGUUCGCCAAGACCUUCAAGCAGCGCCGCAUCAAGCUGGGCUUCACGCAGGGCGACGUGGGUCUGGCCAUGGGCAAGCUGUACGGCAAUGACUUCUCGCAGACGACCAUCUCGCGCUUCGAGGCGCUCAACCUCAGCUUCAAGAACAUGUGCAAGCUGAAGCCGCUGCUCCAGAAGUGGCUGGACGAUGCCGAUCGCACCAUCCAGGCCACCGGCGGCGUCUUCGAUCCGGCCGCGCUGCAGGCCACAGUCAGCACGCCGGAGAUCAUCGGUCGCCGUCGCAAGAAGCGCACCUCCAUCGAGACGACGAUUCGCGGUGCACUCGAGAAGGCGUUCAUGGCCAACCAGAAGCCCACCUCGGAGGAGAUCAGCCAGCUGGCCGAUCGCCUCGGCAUGGAGAAGGAGGUGGUGCGCGUGUGGUUCUGCAAUCGGCGGCAGAAGGAGAAGCGCAUCAAUCCCUCGCUGGACAGUCCAACGGGUGCCGAUGACGAUGAGUCGUCGUCCUACAUGAUGCACUAGAGCAGGAGGAGGAGCAGAGUGGAGUAGAGUGCUGCUAUCGAUCGAUAUCUAAGGGACAAAGACAGUGCAAUGUGCGCAGGACACAAGUGAGCAAAUGAGUGAAGGAAGAAGCCAAGCAACAACUAUGAGCAGGUUCAAAGUCGCAACACACAUCAAAUAUUAGCAUAAUUCUUGACUAUGAUUAGGUGGUACCAACUCCUGCGCGUGCACACACACAGAGAUACCAAUUUGGGGUUGGUUUA